AUGGCCGAACGCUUAGCGAGGGAAUUGGCACUCAAUGACAAAGCUUCAGAUGAUGACGAAAUCAGGGAGUCGACAUUCUUUCGACUAGAGUCUAUAGGCUACAGAGUUGGCCAAGGACUUGCGGAACGAUUUUCUCGCGAUCGCCCUCGUUUCACAGACAAUCUCGACGUUAUCAAAUUUUUGUGCAAGGAUCUGUGGACGAUUCUUUUCAGGAAACAAGUGGAUAAUUUAAAAACAAAUCACCGGGGUGUCUACGUCCUCACAGAUAACUCGUUUCGACCUUUUGCAAGAAUGAGCACGGCUUCUCGAAGCGAGGCGACUGCUAUGGCACAAGUGUUUCUCUGGUUUCCAUGCGGCGUCAUUCGUGGUGCUUUAUCGAACAUGGGCAUUGCCACCACUGUACAAGCUGAAACGUCUGAGCUUCCCGGGGCAACGUUCCAAAUCAAAACGGUUCAGCCAAGGCCCUGA